AUGCGUGGUCUUGUCAUCUUCAGCGCGGCCGUCGCCGUCGCCAACGCUGCUGCCGUCGAGAAGAGGCACUACCCCGUUCCCGGAUCCGAGGAGCCCGUUCCUUCUGUUCCUGACAACGAGUACACUCCUCCCAGCAACGAGUAUACUCCUCCCGACAACACCUAUCCUCCUCCUGGAAACGAGUACCCUCCUCCCGGUAACGAGUACCCUCCUCCUGGACAGUCCACUGAGGUUCCUCCUCCUCCUCAGCACACCGAGCCUACUGCUGUCUACCCUCCUCCUGGACAGAGCACUGAGGUUCCCCCUCCUCAGCAGACUGAGCCUACCGGCGUCUACCCUCCUCCCGGACAGAGCACUGAGGUUCCUCCUCCCGGACAGAGCACCGAGGUCCCUCCUCCUAAGGGAGAGUCUACCACUGAUGUCUACCCUCCCCCAGGACAGAGCACUGAGGUUCCUCCUCCUAACGAGUCCACCACCGAGGUUCCUCCUCCUCCCGGACAGAGCACUGAGGUCCCUCCUCCUAAGGGAGAGUCUACCACUGAUGUCUACCCUCCUCCUGGACAGAGCACCGAGGUCCCUCCUCCUCAUGGCACCACCACUGAGGUUACUCCCCCCGAGGAGACUACCAGCAGCUUUGUCCCUCCUGUAGAGUCUACCACUGAGGUCCCUCCUCCCGUUGAGUCUACCACUGGAGUCUACCCUCCUCCUGGCGAGUCUACUGGUGUCUACCCUCCCCCUGGAGAGUCCACCACCGGUGUCUACCCUCCUCCUGAGGAGACAACCAGCGACUCAACUCCUCCCGUCGAGUCUACCUCCAGCGAGUACCCUCCCCCUGAGGAGACCACCACUGGUGGCCACGAGGCUCCUUACCCUCCUCCUUCUCACACCAAGCCUUCUUACACGAAGCCUUCUCACACCAAGCCAAUCUACACCAAGCCUUCGUACACUAAGCCUGGCUACCCCGGCACCACUGAGAUGACCACCUCAACCCUCUACACCACCACUGCCUACACUGUCACCCAGUGCCCUCCUGAGGUUACCAACUGCCCUGUGCGACCUCACGUCACCACUGAGACCAUCGUCAUUGGCACCACUGUCUGCCCCGUCACUGAGGAGCACCCCAAGCCCACCAAGCCUGUCGAGACUGCGCCUGAGCACCAGACUACCGCUGAGAUGACCACCUCAACCCUCUACACCACCAAGGUCACCACUGUCACCAUGUGCCCUCCUGAGGUUACCGAUUGCCCUGAGCGACCUCACACCCGCACUGAGACCGUCGCAAUUGGCACCACUGUCUGCCCCGUCACUGAGGAGCACCCCAAGCCCACCAAGCCUGUCGAGACUGCUCCCGUCGAGCACCAGACUACCACUCACCUGACCACCUCUACCAUCUACAGCACCAAGGUCACCACUGUCACCAUGUGCCCUCCUGAUGUUGUCGACUGCCCUGAGCGUCCUCACACUCGCACUGAGACCGUCGUUGUCGGUACCACUCUCUGCCCUGUGACUGAGACCCACGUCGUCCCUGUCCCUCCCAAGCAGACUCACCCUGUUGUCCAGCCCCCCAAGGAGACUCACCCCGUCGUUCAGCCUCCCCACCCUGGCAACGGCACCUACAACCCUCCCAAGCCUCAGCCUCCCAAGGAGACAUACCCUGUCCCCGUUCCUGUCCCCAGCAAGCCUGUUGAGCCUGAGCACCCCGAGCAGCCCCAGCAGCCCGAGAAGCCUCAGCACCCUCAAGAGCCUGAGAAGCCCCAGCAGCCUACUCCUCCCAAGGAGACCAAGCCUGUUGUCCAGCCUCCUGUUGAGUCUCACCCUACCUACCCCGUUCCUCCUCAGCCUGAGCACCCCCAGGAGCCCGAGAAGCCUGAGCAGCCCCAGCCUCCCAAGGAGACCAAGCCCGUUGUUCAGCCUCCUACUCCCAGCAAGCCCGUCGAGAGUGCUCCUCCCGCUGUUACCAAGCCUGUCGAGACCUACCCCGCUCCUCCUGUUUCCACUCCCACUGAGCCCGCUCAGGUUGUCAACGCCGGUGGACGUGUCGCUGGUAGCAUCCAGGCUACUCUCUUCGCUGCUGGUAUCGUCGCUUUCUUCCUGUAAAGAAACAACUAUUUUUUAAUUUCACUUCUAAUGCUCAUGAAGGAGCUAUGAGUAUAUGACGGAUUGGAGAUUUUUAUAUAUACGAUGUAUAGUUAGUUACUAUGCACCUAUCACCUGCACACUAUUACCCUUCCAGAUAAAU